CCAGCGAGUGAUGUACGACAGCAAUACCAAUCUGGCGAUGACGGGCUGCGGGAUACCAAAGAUGCUAAGCCGCGCGACGAAAUGAUUAUAAUCACAAAUAACUCGCCAGCAGUGCCGCAGGUACACCAAUCGCUUCGUCCCCGCGUCUCGCCGCGUAGCGGCGUAGGCGCCACAGAAACUCGCACGCCGCUCCCCGCCGUCCGGCCCGAGUCGCCGUCGCUGCCGAAUCCAAUCCAUGGCUCCGCCCGCCGCACCCACCGCGCUGCACCACCGCACGCCCCUCCUCCUCCCCCGCCGCACCGUCGCCUUGGGUGCCACCGCCACCGCGCGCGCCGCCAGGGCCGCUUCUCUCGCCGUCAGGGCCCAGCCGGACACCACCGCCGCAGCCGUCUCCACCUCCGCGCCUGAGCCGGCGCCCGAGUUCAAGCCUCCGCCGGGGUUCAAGGCGCCCGAGCCCAAGAGGUACGAGGUCAAGUCCGGCCAGGUGGGCAGCGUCCUCGGCGCCUCGCUCGCCAUCCCCCUUCGCCUCGGCACCGGCGUCUUCGUCCUCGGGUACUCGCCAUCUCUUGUUUCUCCAUCAGAGAUACCAUCAGACCAGUAUGCACUGGAAUUUGGAGCUUGGAAGGUGAAAGAGGAAUCAAAAAUAGGACAGUGCAAACGACCAGAAAAGCCUAUCGAGAUAUAUGAAUUUGAAGGUUGUCCAUUUUGUCGGAAGGUCAGAGAGAUGGUAACAGUCUUGGACCUAGAUGUAUUAUUUUACCCCUGUCCUCAAAAAGGCCCAACAUUCCGACCUAAAGUCCUCGAAAUGGGUGGAAAGAAACAAUUCCCUUACAUGGUAGAUCCAAACACAGGGGUCGCCAUGUAUGAAUCCGAUGACAUCAUAAAAUAUCUAGCUGAUACAUAUGGCGAUGGAACUGUUCCAAUUAUGCUAUCACUUGGUCUGUUGACAGCAAUUACAGCAGGGCUUGCUACUCUUGGUCGUAUUGGAAAGGGAAAUUCCUACAUUGCUUCAAAAGUCCCACCGCAGCCCAUAGAGAUAUGGGCAUGUGAGGGAUCUCCCUUCUGUAAAUUAGUACGAGAGACACUUGUCGAGUUGGAAUUGCCACAUCUGCUACACAGCUGCGCACGAGGCAGCCCCAAACGACAAGAAUUUUUCAAGAAAAAGGGGCUUUUCCAGGCGCCGUACAUCGAAGAUCCUAACACGGGAGUCCAGAUGUUUGAAAGCGCUGAAAUCAUAGACUACCUGAAGGCAACAUAUGCCCUGUACCCAAGCUCGUAGUGAUGUAUCAGAAAUGGUCAUUGUAAUGUUGCGUGUAGAUUCAGUUCUUCCCGGUAAUAAAAGGAAAAGAAAUAGUGGGCCACGCAUUCUGUAUGAUGCACAGCCGAUUUUGUCUAUGCAGAUCUAAACUUUGAAGUUA